GGCGGGUGCGUGGGGAGGGGGGGGGGUCCGGGGGUCGCGGCCAUGGCGCUGGUGGCGCUGCUGGUGGCCGGGCUGGCGGCGCUGGCGCUGCUGCAGCGGCUGCUGUGGCCGCGGCUCUGGGCGGACGCCGCCUUCGUGGCGCGGGCGGCUCGGUGCCGGCGGCGGGCGCUGGCGGCGGCUGGGGUGGGAGGGGGUCCGGGGGGGUCCGGAGGCGGCGGCGGCAGCCUCGCGGCUCGGUUCCUGCGGGCGGCGCGGGCGGCUCCGUCCCGGCCGUUCCUGCGGGUGGCGGCCGGGCCCGUGCCCUACGGGCGGGCGGCGGCGGCGGUGGCGCGGGUGGCGAACGCGCUGCGGGGGCGGGCGCUGGGGGGGGGCGCGGCGGGGAGCUGGGGCCCGGCGUGGCCGUGGGGCUGCUGGCGGGGAACGAGCCCGGUUUCGUCUGGGGUUGGCUCGGGCUGGCGGCGCUGGGGGCCCGGGCCGCCUUCCUGGGCACGGCGCUGCGCCCCAAAGCGCUCCGGCACUGCCUGCGCGCCUGCGGGGCCAGGGCGCUGCUGGUGGCGCACGACCUGUUUCCCAUGGUGGAGCCGAUCCUGCCCAGCCUUGCAGGAGGAGGACGGCAUCGUGGUGUGGGUGCUGGGCGCGGGGCCGUACCCCCCCGGCGUGGUGGCCCUGCAGGAGCUGCUGGAUGAGGCCUCGGAGGAGCUGGAGCCCGAGGACGUGUGGCAGCCCGAGGACAUGAACGACACCUGCCUCUACAUCUUCACCUCGGGCACCACUGGUCUCCCCAAGGCCGCCCGCAUCUCCCACCUCAAAUCCAUCAUGUGCCUGAGCUUCUACGAGCUGGUGGGCGCCUCCAGCCGCGACGUGGUGUACCUGGCGCUGCCGCUCUACCACAUGGCCGGGUCCCUGCUGGGCAUCGUCGGCUGCAUCGGCAUCGGGGCCACGUGCGUGCUGAAGGAGAAGUUCUCAGCCAGCCAGUUCUGGGACGAUUGCCUGGCCGAGGGCGUCACCGUCUUCCAGUACAUCGGGGAGCUCUGCCGCUACCUGGUCAACCAGCCCCAGCGCCCCGGGGAGCGGCAGCACAGGCUGCGGCUGGCGGUGGGCAGCAGGCUGCGCCCCGACGUCUGGCGGCGCUUCCUGGAGCGCUUCGGGGCCAUCCGCAUCGUGGAGACCUACGGGCUGACCGAGGGCAACGUCACCCUCUUCAACUACACCGGCACGCCCGGCGCCGUGGGGCGCAGCAGCUUCAUCUACAAGCUCUUCUCGCCCUUCGAGAUCGUGCGCUACGACGUGGCCGAGGGAGCCCCGGUGCGGGAUAAGGCCGGGCGCUGCAUCCGCGUGGGGACGGGCGAGACGGGGCUGCUGAUCGCCCCGGUGACCCCCCGGACCCCCUUCCUGGGCUACGCGGGCAGCCAGGAGCUGUCGGAGCAGAAGCUGCUGCGCGGGGUCUUUGCCGAGGGGGACACCUACUUCAGCACUGGUGACCUGAUGGAGCAGGACGCGGCCCAAUUCGUCCGCUUCCGCGACCGCACCGGCGACACGUACAGGUGGAAAGGUGAGAACGUGGCCACCACGGAGGUGGCCGAAGUCCUGGCGGCCCACGAGGCGCUGCAAGAAGUCACCGUCUACGGUGUGAGCGUGCCAGGCCACGAGGGCCGUGCCGGGAUGGCGGCGCUGGUGCUGCGCCCCGGCUGCCGGCUGGACGGCGCCGGGCUCUACCAGCACGUGGCCGAGCUGCUGCCCCCAUACGCCCAACCCCGCUUCCUCCGGCUGCAGGAGCGCCUGGAGAUGACGGCGACCUUCAAGCAGCAGAAGGUGCGCCUGGCGCAGGAGGGCUUCGACCCGGCGCGCGUCCCCGACCCCCUGUUCCUGCUGGACGAGGCCGCCCGCGCCUACGUGCCCCUGGGCCCCGCGCUCUGGGAGGACAUCGUGGCCGGCCGCAGGCGCCUCUAGGCCAGGCCCCGGUGCCCCAAGGGGCCAGGGGGGGUCCAGCAGGGGGUGGCCCACGGCGCUGUGGGGCUGUCCUGAAGUGCCCACGUCCGUCCUGCGGGCCCUAGGUCCUGUCCUGCAGCCCCCAUGUUCAUCCUACAGGUCCCUAUGUCUGUCCCACAGCCCCCACAUCCAUCCUACAGCCCCACAUCCAUCCUGCAGCCCCCACAUCCGUCCUACAAGCCCCACAUCCAUCCUACAGGCCCUACAUGCAUCCUACGGCCCCCACGUCUGUCCUACACACCCUGUGUUCAUCCUACAGGCCCCAUGUCUGUCCCACGGCCCCCACAUCCAUCCUAUAGCCCCCACAUCCAUCCUACAGGCCCCAUGUCCGUCCUACAGGCCCCAUCUCUGUCCUACAGCCCUCAUGUUCAUCCUACAGGCCCCAUGUCCAUCCCAUGGCCCUCACAUCCAUCUGACAGCCCCCACGUCUGUCCUACAAGCCCCAUAUCUGUCCCGCAGUCCUCACACCCAUCCUACAGGCCCCACGUCCAUCCUGUGGUCCCUAGGUCCGUCCUACAGGCCUCAUGUCUGUCCUGCAACCCCCACGCCCAUCCUACAGUCCCCAUGGCCAUUCUGCGGCCCUCAUAUCCAUCCUGCAGCCCCCACAUCCAUCCUACAGCCCCCAUGUCCAUCCCGUGGCCCUCACAUCCAUCCGACAGGCCCCACAUCCAGCCUGCAGCCCCCACAUCCAUCCUGCAGCCCCCAUGUCCAUCCCGUGGCCCUCACAUCCGUCUUGGGGUCCCCACAUCUGUCCUGGGGCUCUCCCGUCCAUCCUACCAGCCCCCCCCCCCCCAAACCUCCUUGUGUCCCCCCCAUGGGGCUCCUGCCCCAGCCACCAGUGCCUUUCCCCUCCUCGGGGCCCUUUCUACGUAAAAUUCUCCCAUUUCGGGUUUUUUUUGGCAAAUAAAGACUUUUUGUAGCAAACCUC